AUGGUAGUGGAAAAUUCCUUAUUUAUUUUCAUUCAUACGAAAAACAAUGAACAACAUAUCAUUCGGUUUGAACAACAACAUCAAUUUAUCUAUGUGAUAUUGAUAUUUUUGUCCUUAUCGGUACGUACUGUUAAUUCAUUCUCCAUUCAGUAUCAGGUUAGUUCAAAUAAUGAAUCACAUUCUCAACGUUUCGUUCGAGCAACAAGAUCAACUAAUUUAUGUGAUAUUGGUAUAAAUAUUUUUACUAAAUAUUUGGUUAAUUCAUUGUCCAACGAGCAUGAAGUGAGUCAAAGAACAGAUCAAAUUCUAAAUGAUAAAAGUGUUUUCUUUAUUUUAGUUUUUGUGCACAACGAAUCAAUUAUUCAGCAAAAUACGAAUUACAAGAUCAUUUUUUUUAUUUUCAUUAUUAUAAAGCAUUCGGUUCGAACAACAAAAUCAACUAAUUUAUUUGAUAUUGAUAUUUAUGUCUUUACUAAAUUUUGGUUAAUUCAUCGUUCAACGAGUAUAUUGGUUCGAACAACAAAAUCAACUAACUUAUGUGAUAUUGAUAUUCAUAUCGUUAUUGAAUUUCUUGUUUAUUCAAUUGGUCAACCAGCAUCAAACAUUCGGUUCGAACAACAAGGUUCAAUUGGCCUAUAUGAUAUUGAUAUUUUGGUCUUUACUAAAUUUUUGUUUAUUCAUUGUUCAACAAGCAUGAAGGAUUCAGUUCGAACAACAAGAUCAGCUAAUUUAUGUGAUACUGAUCUCCAUGUUUUUACUAAAUUUCUUGUUUAUUCAUUGUUCAACGAGCAUGAAUUUUUAUUUACAUCGCAUCAAUUAUUCAGUUAA